GUUUAUCCGACCAAUCACCUAGAUUGGACCAUUCGGAUGAUUUGAAUGCUCAUCUGAAUAGGUUUCUGGGUCUUGUAUCGAUUCGGGGUGCCAUAAGAGUCUUUAUUAAGAGACCGUCAGAUGUAAGCCUACACUAUGAGCAUACACACGUGAUAAUAUUAUGACCGACACGGGGUCGUGAUCGGACUUGGUGCAGGUUGUUCCCGCCCUCAACGCUCCGUCCUCUCCCAUGACUUCUUUCCUUAUCAAAACGCAUGAAACCCGACCUCCAUCAACAUGGAGCAGCUCACCAGAUUGUGCCUUCUGCCAGAUACUCAAAGGGGAAUCCCCCGCAACAGUAGUCUACGAGAACGACCUGGUCAUUGCUUUCCUCGACAUCCUUCCACUUAGACGAGGACACACUCUGGUCGUGCCUAAGGCUCACUAUUCCCGUCUAUCCGAACUACCUCCCGAAUUCGCUUCAGCUAUAGGGGAAGCCGUCACCAAGGUCGCUCACGCGCUCACUGUCGCUCUGGAUCACACCGGUUUGAAUGUCGUGUGCAAUCAAGAGUAUGCCCAAGCCGUUCCCCAUGUGCACUACCACGUCAUCCCCGCCCCCAAAUUCGACGACCCGCUGAGCUACUCGUCUACGACCCAGCCUUUGACUCAGCGACAGAUGCAUCGACUCGAGUUCGCAGGCAGGAGCGAAUUAGACGACGACGCGUCGGCGCUAGCGGACCAGAUCCGCGCCAAGCUCUGA